AUGGGUCGUUUUCGAAACAAAAUCAGCAAGCUCAGACCAAAAUGGCCUGCAAGCAGAUCAACAUCACCUGCCUCCAGUCAGCCGCCGGGAAAUAUACCCACCUCCAGGGAAUCUGAGCCACAAGCCGCUGUAAGCACAGGAGACGAAAUACCGCCUGCAAAUGCCAACAUCUCAGAGCGACUAUGGAACCAGGCUUAUGAUGAUCUGAAGGAUUCAGAGUCGUCGAAAAUCGCUGAAUCUUACGAGAGGAUUCUGUCCGAUCAACUCCGGGUCGGAGAGGGAGCAAAUAUUAUCUCUCGGGAUCACGCCACAAGAUGGCACCAAAUGGAGAAAUUAACCUCAGACGGAAUCCAAAACACUUCAAAGGAUGUAAAAAGAAAGGAUUCAGUUAACCAAUGGUUUGAAAUGUGCAAACCACUGAGGGAGGCGGUCGGGGCAGGCCUCAAGGCUGUACCACAAGCUGCUGUACCCUGGGCAGGCAUUUGUUGUGCUCUCGAGAUCCUGUCUAGUCCUCUCACCGAGCCAAAGAAGAAUCGCGAAGGUAUGGAGUACGUUCUGAAACGUAUGGAUUGGUAUUGGAGACUGUCCCCGUGGCUGCUUCAAGAUUGUCAUUCCAGUGACUCAAGCCAACCACUGAGAGAACAGCUUGAGAAGCAGAUUGUGCAGCUAUACCAGAAGCUUCUGUUGUUUCAGAUGAAGAGUGUCGUUCUCUACCACCGCGGUCGCUUUGCAGUCUUUAUGAGGGAUCUGCCCAAGAUCGAUGACUGGGCUACUCAUGUUCAAGAGAUCAAAGACAUUGAAACCGCCCUUGGAGUCGAUUCAAAUCAGUACAACACUCUGGAAAUGCGAACCAAUUUGCAGGAUAUCUCUGUCAUCACAAAAGAACACGCGCAAUGGCAGCGACAAGACCGACUCGAUGAAAAGGACAACGAAUGCCUACGGGAGCUUCGUGUAACAAACCCGUCGAAAGACAAGAAAAGUAUCCUUUUCUCAAAAGGUGGUCUAUUCUACGACUCCUAUCGGUGGAUUAUGGAGAGCAAAGAAUAUCAACAAUGGCUGAAGAAAGACGACAACAACUUACUGUGGAUCAAGGGUGAUCCAGGUAAAGGUAAAACAAUGCUUCUGGCUGGGAUUAUCGAAGAAAUCGAGAAGUCCGCCCCCGAAAGUGUUUUCUACUUCUUUUGUCAAGCCACAGAACCGCGCCUGAGGACUGCGACCAAUGUACUCCGUGGUCUGAUCUGGUUUUUGGUCCGGACGCGACCUUGCUUUAUGUCUCAUGUUCGUGAGGAGUACGACAGGGAAGGGAAGGGUGUUUUCAACGACGGUAACGCCUGGCAGACAUUGAUGGGGAUCCUCACUGCUAUUCUCGACGACGAAGAGUCUCAAGAUUGCGUUUUUGCCAUUGACGCCCUCGAUGAGUGUACCACAGAUCGGGACCAGCUCAUUAGGCUUAUCAGCCGGCUAUCCACUUCUUAUAAACCUAAAUGGGUCGUUUCCAGCCGAAAUUGGCCUGAGAUUGAACGUAGGCUCAAUUCCGUGGACGAGAAAGUGGAAGUGCAACUUGAAUUGAAUCAUGCCGCCAUAUCAGAGGCUGUCAAAAACUUCAUCGUGCGCAAAGUCGACCAGUUGAGCGAAGACAACGGUUAUAGCGAGUCUACUCGCGAAGAAGUACAGAACCACCUGAUGGUCAACGCAGACGACACCUUUCUUUGGGUCUCUCUCGUUUGUGACGAGUUGGGACAGCCAGACGUCAUGUCUCAUCACACACUUGAUGUUCUCAAGUCCUUCCCCGCUGGUCUGGGAAAGCUGUACGAGAGAAUGAUAGAGAAGAUAGAGAAGCUCAAGCAAUCAAGAGACAGAGACCUGUGUGUAGCCGUCUUGGGCGUGGUCGGUGUCGCUUAUCGGCCUCUCAGUCUUGCGGAGCUGGGCGCAUCCGACUUGAAGCUGAAUCGUUUUGUCGAAAACACGGAAACCCUAUCGAACAUUGUCAGAUCUUGUGGCUCAUUCCUAGCUAUCCGCGAUGGUACUGUCUAUACUGUCCACCAGUCUGUCAAGGACUUUCUGCGCACAUCCCAUAAGGUUAUGAAAUCUGGUACCGCUCAACAGCAUUGCGAUGUAUUCCUUAGUAGCAUCACGAUGAUGCACAAGGGAUUGCAUCGAGACCUAUUUCGUCUUGGUGACCCUGGUGUCCUCAUUGAUGAGAUUGAAACUCCCGAGGCCCAUGCACUACUGCCUCUCGGAUAUGCAUGUCUUCAUUGGGCCGAUCACUUUAAUGAUGGCAACUUGCAAGAGCUCCAAGGCGAAUGUGCCCCUAACUUCUCCUUGGUAGUGGCUUUCUUCAAGGAGAUUUACCUCUACUGGCUAGAAGCGAUGAGUCUCCUGAGAUGUGCUUCAGAGGCUGUCGUAGCUGUUGGGAAACUUAAGAGUCUCAGUAAAGAUGUACCGAAAGAGGUCAGGGAACUUGUUAAUGACGCUUGGCGUUUUGUGUUCACACACAGAUCUAUCCUAGACACUGCGCCGCUACAGCUGUAUGACUCUGCUUUGAUAUUCAGCCCGAACUCCAGCACCACGAAACUAUUCUUCAAGAAAGAAAUUGCGAAUUACAUAAAAGCUGAUGCCCCUACGUUUCAAAAUUGGCAUGCCUGUCUACAAACCAUUCCUCUGCCCAAUAAAUUUGGCCUCUCCUCAAUUGUGAAAUUCUCGCCCAAAGGGAAUCUUAUGCUGGUGCAAGUUCCUCUUGGGGAAACAUUUAUAUUUGAUUCAUCCACGGGCGGCUGUGUUGUAUCCCUCGAUAAUUAUGGCCCUGGAAUUCGAAAUGCGACAUGGCAUCCAUCAGGGCAACUGUUCGCGGUGUUGACCACAAAACAAGUACACAUUGGCGAUUUAUCUGAGAGAAAGCCCUUGAUAUCCUACGAGUCGCCAGGAGGGCUCAUGGACGAUGUGUCAUUUUCACCGGAUGGCCAAUUACUUGCUUCCAGUGAUUAUGACAGCAUCCAUAUCUGGGACGUGUGGAACCCGAGCGUGCACCGUACACUAGCUUUCGAAGGUCACCCUGUUUACUUGAGCUGGGUAUCAUGCCCUUCAGCUACUCUCUGCUUGCUCGUUAUCAGGAUUCUUAAUGAUGAAAUAUUUAGUAAUCAUAAAGAAAUGUGCAUCGAUCUCUGGGAUAUUAAUAAGGAAUGUUUUGGCUCCAGAAUCUCAUCAGUGAGUGUUCCUCGAGGGAGUUUAUACGGGGCAGCUGUCAGUCACGCCCGGACCCACCUUGCAUUAAACGUCGACCACAGCGUGACGAUUUACUGUUGGGAUACAGUGCUGGCUGAGAAAAGAGUCAUUGGAGAAGGUCUAGACAGCUAUGGUAAUGUCUAUAAUUUGACAUGGACGACUGAUGAUAAAUACAUCAUCUUCAAAUUCCGCUGCGGCACGAAACAGGGAUUCGUUGUCUGGGACGAAGAGAGAGACGCAGAAAUUACACACCAAAGAAUGUCGGCCCUAGACGUUGUGCAUUGUGGGAAGGGCAAUCAGAUCGCGACCACUUCUGAUACUUUCCUUACGAUUUGGGACUUUGACAUAUUACUAGGCGAUUCCAUCGACGCGGUCGUUAGCGACGUGGCUGGAAAGAAGUCACAUGUAGAGAUCGAGGUUUCACCCGUGGAGCCGAUUGCGCUUUUAUAUACAAACGAGGAAGAAGUUAGAAUUCUCAACAGAGUAUCUGGCAAAACACUUAUGCAAUCAAAAGUAACUCGGUUCGAGUUCGGAUACGACGGAUGCUUAGCUCUCGUUGAUGACAACGGAACUGUUGAAAUUUGGCAGUUUGACCAUGACUGUGACCGGUACCAUCUGUCAUCAAGAUUGAAAGGGAGAUGCGACUUGCAAGUGGUGUUCGGACCACCUGGGCAAGUCGCGAUACAUGAUGGCGAAGGGCUACGCGUAUACGAUACGAAUACAAGUGGGCUUCUGUCUACAGUACCCACCACUUGCGAUUGUGCAUCAAGGUACGACUCGGGAGAGAUCGCCUUUGCGCGCAACGGCCAACUGGCUAUUACUCAUGAAAGUUAUCAUUGCAAAGAGGCUGGAAGCGUCAUAAUAUGGGAUACUGACAGCAUGAAAGAGAUACGGAACCUGGGCUUUCCUGGAAAUCCAAGUCUAUGGUUGCCUUUUGGGAGUCAGACACAUACGAUGUCCUUGAGUGAAAAUGGUCUGGUUGCAAUCGGAGUCCGACAGGAUGUAUGGAUCGCGAGUGUGAAGAAGGGUACAUGGGUACGAAAAUACACUCUUUCCCACCCUGCAUGCAUUAACUUCAACUUUGAUCCAUGCUCUGGGUGGCAGCUUGAGACAAACUUCGGAGUGCUGGAACUUAACUUACAGGAAGCCAUCGGCGAACCUAGAAGCACGGAUUCACCUAAAGAGUUGGACUCACAAGAGCACUGGGACUUGAGAAAAUGGAGCAUCUGUCGAAUUGGUUCAAACGAAUGGCUAAUGAAGAACUCACGGAGGAUACUGAUAAUUCCGGGGCAGAGUGUGAGCCAGAAGAGCUUCUCCCUACAGACAGACUCAAAGUCAGGCAUGGCAGCAGUGGUAAUGGUUCACGAUGACCAUUUAUUCAGGAUUCAUGUCAGCCUUUAG